AUGUGGCUCCGCUUCGCCCCGCUGCGCCUGCCGCUCCGGCGGCGCCUCCAAACGGCCGCCGUCCUUCAGUGGGUCUUCUCCUUCCUGGCGCUGGCCCAGUGUUGCCUGGGGCUUUUCCUGCUGCUGCUGCUCGGGGACGGCUGGCUGCUGGCGCUCGGCUACGCCGCCUGGCUCUACCUGGACUGGGAGACGCCGUCUCGCGGGGGGCGCCGCUCCUCCUGGGUCCGCGGCUGGGCCGUCUGGCGCUACUUCCGCGACUAUUUCCCCAUCACGCUGGUGAAGACGGCAGAGCUGGACCCUUCCCACAAUUACGUCUUCGGCUUCCACCCCCACGGGAUCCUGGUGGCCGGCGCCUUUGGGAACUUCUGCACGGAGGCCACGGGGUUCUCCCGGCUCUUCCCGGGCCUCACCCCGCAUCUCCUGAUGCUGCCCUUUUGGUUCAAGGUCCCCUUCUUCCGCGACUACAUCAUGAGUGGGGGACUGGUAUCUUCGGAGAAGACCAGUGCUUCCUACCUCCUUGGCCAUGAAGGUGGCGGGCAGGUGGCCGUCAUCGCCGUGGGGGGCCCGCCUGAGUCUCUGGAUGCUCACCCGGGGGCUCUGACCCUCCAGCUACGCAGUCGCAAAGGCUUCAUCAAGACGGCCCUGCGACACGGGGCCCGGCUGGUGCCAGUCUUCUCCUUUGGGGAGAACGAGCUCUUCAAUCAGGUCUCCAACCCGCAAGGCUCCGUCAUCCGCAGGCUGCAGGAGCGGCUGCAGAGGGUCAUGGGGCUGGCCCUGCCCCUCUUCCACGCCCGAGGAGUUUUCCAGUACAGCUUUGGCCUGCUGCCUUUCCGGAGACCCAUCCACACCAUUGACACUCNCUCUUCUCCCCAGCUAGUGAAGACGGCCGAGCUGCCCCCCACCAGGAAUUACGUCCUGGGCUCCCACCCCCACGGCAUCAUCUGUGCGGGGGCCUUUUCUGCCUUCGCCACGGAGGCGUGUGGCUUCUCCCAGGUCUUUCCCGGCCUCAGCUCCAGCCUGGCCCUCCUCGCCGGCCUCUUCCACCUGCCCGUCUAUCGCGAGUACAUGAUGGGCGCAGGGAUGGUGCCAGUCAGCAAGAAGUCCCUGGACUUCCUGCUCCAAGCGGGGCCGGGACACGCGGUGGUCAUCGUGGUGGGAGGCGCCUCAGAGUCCCUGGACUGUAACCCGGGCGAGCAGCGGGUGCAUCUCUCGGGCAGGCGAGGCUUCGUGCGGCUUGCACUGCAGCACGGGGCAGACCUCGUCCCCGUUUUCUCCUUCGGAGAGAAUGACAUUUUCCGGCAGGUGCAGUUCCCCGAGGGCAGCUGCCUCCGCCGUCUCCAGCUCCGCUUCAAGCAGCUGGUCGGCUUCGCUCCCUGCCUUUUCGUGGGGCGCAGCCUCUUUUUCAGCCGCUGCUGGGGGCUCCUGCCCCAGCCCUCCCCCAUCACGGUUGUGGUGGGGAAGCCGAUCCACGUCCCCUUGCGUCCACACCCUAAACCGGAAGAGGUGGACCACUACCACGGCCUCUACGUCCAGGCACUGCAGCAACUCUUCGAGGAGCACAAGGGCACCUGUGGCCUCCACCCCUCGCAGCAGCUCUUCAUCACUUAGGGACCCCCUCCCCAGCCAGGGAGCCAGAGGCCCCUC